GCGCGGAACGCGUCUUGAAACGCGUGGGUUUCGGCGCGGGGAGGUGCUGGCUCAGCCAUGGGCCGAAAAGCUACAUUGGCCUGUUGCUCCUUAAACCAAUGGGCUCUGGACUUUGAAGGUAACUUGUGUAGAAUAAUAACAAGCAUAAAAGAAGCCAAGAAGAAGGGAGCGGCGUAUCGCACUGGUCCAGAGCUGGAAGUCACCGGAUACAGCUGCCAGGACCACUUCCACGAGAGUGACACGCUGCUGCACUCAUGGGAGGUGUUGGCCGAGCUGCUGCUGCACCCCGUCUGCCGCGACAUCAUCAUCGAUGUCGGCAUGCCCGUCAUGCACCGCAACGUCACCUACAACUGCCGGGUCGUGUUCCUCAACAGUGUCAUUCUCCUGAUCCGCCCUAAGAAGACGCUGUGCGACACAGGCAACUACCGCGAGACCCGGUGGUUCACCGCUUGGACGAAGGACCGCGAGACGGAGCCGCUCCACCUGCCGCGCAUGAUCUCGGCCAUCACCGACCAGCGGACGGUGCCGUUCGGUGACGCACUUCUCAGCACGCGCGACACCUGCAUCGGCUACGAGAUCUGCGAGGAGCUCUGGAGCCCGCAGAGCUCGCACGUGCCGCAGACCCUGGACGGCGCCGAGAUCCUGCUGAACGGCAGUGGCUCCCACUUCGAGCUGCGCAAGGCGUACGUGGCGUUCGAGCUGGUGCGCUCGGCCUCGGCCAAGUGCGGCGGCUGCUACCUCUUCAGCAACAUGCGCGGCGGCGACGGCGACCGGCUCUACUUCAACGGCUGCGCCAGCAUCUGCGUCAACGGCCAGUUCGCCGCCGUGGGCCGCCAGUUCGCGCUGGAGGAGGUGGAGGUGGUGACGGCCACCGUCGACCUGGAGGAGAUCCGCACCUACCGCAACCAGGUCCGCUCGCGGCAGCGGCAGGCGGCGUCGGCACCCUCGUACCCGCGCGUCACGACCGACUUCAGCCUCUCGCGGGACGGGGACCUGGCGCUGCCCUCCUGGACGGCCGUGCAGCCGGUCUACCACACGCCGGAGGAGGAGAUCGCGCUGGGCCCGGCGUGCUGGCUCUGGGACUACCUGCGCCGCAGCGGCCAGGGCGGCUUCUUCCUGCCCCUCAGCGGCGGCGUCGACUCGUCCAGCACCGCCUGCCUCGUCGCCUCCAUGUGCCGGCUGGUCGUCGCCAGCGUGAAGAAAGACUCGCGCGUGCUGGAGACGGUGCGCCGCAUCACGGGCGACGCCGAGUACACGCCGACCGAGCCGCGCGAGCUGUGCGGCCGGCUCUUCACCACCUGCUACAUGGGCUCGGAGAACUCGUCGGCCGAGACGCGCGCCCGAGCCGCCCAGCUGGCCGCCGAGGUCGGAAGCUACCACCUCAGCAUCGCCAUCGACGUGGCCGUGUCCGCUGUGCUGGGCAUCUUCACCACCGCCACCGGCCUGGUACCCAAGUUCCGCGCCAAGGGCGGCACGCCUCGUGAGAACCUCGCCCUCCAGAACGUCCAGGCGCGGCUGCGGAUGGUGCUGGCCUACCUGUUCGCCCAGCUGACGCUGUGGGUGCGCUCGAAGCCGGGCGGCCUGCUGGUGCUGGGCUCGGCCAACGUGGACGAGUCGCUGCGCGGUUACAUGACAAAGUACGACUGCAGCAGCGCCGACAUCAACCCCAUCGGCGGCAUCUCCAAGACCGAUCUCAAGUCGUUUUUGCGGUACGCACGGCGCAAGUUCGGUUUCGCCUCACUGGACGGCAUCAUGGAGGCGCCGCCGACCGCCGAGCUGGAGCCGCUGGCGGACGGCCGGCUGGCGCAGACCGACGAGGAGGACAUGGGCAUGACGUACGCCGAGCUCUCUGUCUACGGCAAGCUGAGGAAGGAGCAGUGCUGCGGGCCGUACUCCAUGUUCUGCAAGCUGAUCCAGACCUGGUCCGACAGCUGCACCCCGGAGCAGGUGGCGGACAAGGUGCGUCACUUCUACCGCUGUUACGCCGUGAAUCGGCACAAGAUGACGGUGCUGACGCCGGCCGUGCACGCCGAGGCGUACGGGCCCGACGACAACCGGCACGACCAUCGACCCUUCCUCUACAACGCCGCGUGGACCUGGCAGUUCCGCGCCAUCGACGUGGCCCUGAAGCAGCUGCAGGCGCAGGAAGGACGCGGUAAGGAGCGCAACGACCGCAGUCAGCUGACGGAGCGGCAGCGAGCCGAACUCAACGACUUCUCGCGCGCCGGCGGCGCUGGCUACAGCAAGCUGAACACCCAGCCCAAGUCAGGCGGCGGAGGCGGCGGUGUGGGCGUCAGCGUCACGUACAACAUUGAGCAGGGCGACGCGGCCAAGCGCUGCAUCUCGCCCAGCAACCAGCAGCAAGCGCUCAAAGUCAGCCGGCACACCUUCCACAUGGUGUAGCGCACGCCCGAGCGCUGCCGGCUGCGCCCGGCCCCUGAAGCCGGAGGGACGGAGAAGCCGCCAGACCGGUGUGGUUAUCGCGAUGGAGUGGGGUCGCGUCCGACGCAGUGCUUACAGCGGUGUGGUGGGCCUGGGCGAGGUUGCAACAACGGGCAACGGCGAGUGAGUCCUUGUGCAGGCUCUCUUUCGCCGCCCCAGGGUUUUGUGCACUGGUGACCUGUAACCAACGCCGCUGACAAGUCGAAUGCUGGUGGAUUUUCCAGCCAUUCUCCCUCUAUCAGCCUCAAACCGUGACAACCGUUAUUAUCCCCAGCCAGUAUCGUCUGCGGUCCUGAACCCCAAAGAAGUCGCACGUAUUGCGAUUAGCCGGCCGCACCGCGUCCGCGUGGGUCGUUGUUCGGGGAGGGGAGUCCUAGGCCUGGUGGUCACCAGACGAGUCCUUUGUCCCAGGGUUGGCAGACCAUGCACUGGGCACAGGCCAUAGCUAUGAUAUUACACGGCGGGGCAGAGGGGGCUGAACAAAUCAAGGUUUAAAUGGCGAGUCUUUCGGUGGAUCCUCGGGUUUGUUAUUUGUCUUUAUCCAGAGCAGGACUGCUACACCAAGUGACCCCUUUAGCAGUGGUUCGGAGGUUCCUUGGCAGAUGCCUUGUUCUCCACAACUAAGACCGCUGUUUAGUUUGGUCUUGUUACAUGUGACGUUGAAUCACCCGUUGUUGCUUGGUAGUCUCAAGUUAGUGCCAUCCGCUAGUUAAACAGAAUGUGUAGUCGUUAGGGCGUAUUUGGCAUUAGUAUUUAGAUCAUGAACAUUAGUUUAUAGUUAAGUAUGAUCCGGUUGUGAUCUUUACAUACUACUCCGCUGUCUGCAGUGUCAGCCUCUUGGUUCACGCUGUAUUAGCGCUGUUGCCGAUCACCAGCCGGCCAGAUCAUGUUGCUUGUCCCGCUGUCGGCGCACACAGCCUGUGACUGUGUGCCUGUGAUUGUGUGACAGCCUGUGACUGUGUGCCUACCUGUGACUGAGCGGGGCACGGCUGCGGCAGCAACACAGCCAAUAGUGCCAGUAUGUAGGUCGCGCACUGCCAUAUCGUCUGCUUCCCGCGUAGACGCGUAGUUGGGAGCGCCGCCUUCCUGUACCGACGGGCCGGCCAUUGGUUGCCCCCGCGCCCGUCCUGCCUGCUGUGAAGGUCCUGCGCUCGCGCGCCGGUGAUCUCGCGGCAAACGCAGCGUCCCGUGCCUGAGCGCCGCCCCUCCGUGCGCCCCCCGCCCUCAGAUGUGGUGGCGACGCUGCUCGGGCGGCGCGGUCGAGCCUCGCGCUGCGCCGCCUCCCAGGGCAGACCCGCCGGUACCUCGCCGCGCCGGCGGUCAGGCGCUCCGUCCCGGCGAGGUGCCGUGAGAGCGAGUGUGGCCGGCGGCGGCAGCGCCCGUGAACGCUCCCGUGCAAGUAUGUCAAUGCUCCUACGUUAGAGUGCUUCACGUGGUCCCGAAUACUCGUGUUGUGGACGUAGUGCUGUGCCUGCGUGCACCCCGUGGGGUUUCCUCUGAUUCCGUUAAGUAGGCUGCCAUACUGUAGGUUAACGCUGAACUGUAGAUGCCGUCCGCGCUGGAUGGCUGCAGAACAACUUUGCGCCAUGCGAUUUCGCACAAUGCCGUGUCCGUAACACAGUGUAUUUUCCAGGGCUAUCACAGACAAUCUGAUAAUGUUGGCACCUGUUAUCACCCAGCGCCACGAACAAACGGAUUAAACAACAAUAAAGCGAAAAAUACGCCAUCUGAACAUGAAAAACAUGUGUUCCCGUACCCGAGCACGGCGCAGUCCUUCGUUGGUCUUCGCUGGGGACGCGGCGCUGUCAGUGUACACCGUGCACGAGCGCACGGACACGUGCUGACCGGGCGGCGACGAGCGCCUCCCGAGGUCGCGUCUGCCCGCCGCUGGCCGUGGCAUUCUUGGCGGCCGGUGCUGCGGGACGCCUCCGGCGCGCGGACCCGAGUCAGGUCGUCUGCGACUCGGGCUCGAUGGGUGGGCUCUCGGUGUCGGCCGGCGCCGGCGCCGGCGCCGC